UCGUCUUUAUUUCCAGGCUGGGUUUGUUUAGCUAAAAAACAGGAGUUCAAACGAAAAUAGGAAUUUGGGAAAAUAGUGGUGAUCUCAAAGGUUUUACGCUUAUUUUUUAGCCCACUAUGGCGAAUGUACAAGGACUUUUCAAGGAACAUUGCAUCGUUCCGGAUGUUAUAAAUAUGGCUCCUUCUGAAUUGCUGGACGUUCAAUAUACAAGUGGAGUUCGCGUCGAAAUAGGCAAGGAAUUGACUCCUACUCAAGUAAAAGAUAAACCAGUUGUGAAGUGGGCGGCUAAGGAAUCUGAAUAUUAUACUUUGGCUAUGGUGGACCCCGAUGCUCCAAGUCGUGAGAAUCCUAAAUUCAGAGAAUGGCAUCACUGGCUUGUAGGAAAUAUUCUCGCAAACAAUUUAGAGAAAGGAGAGGUUUUGUCGGAUUAUAUUGGCUCUGGGCCACCCAAAGGAACUGGGCUCCACCGCUACGUAUACUUGCUUUACAAGCAACCAGAAAAAUGCAACUUCUCAAAAAUUCCAAAGUUGCCCAAUAAUUCUGGUGAUAAAAGAGGCAAGUUUUCGAUCUCAAAAUUCGCUCAGCAGUUUAAACUUGGAGUGCCAAUAGCUGGAAAUUUUUACGUUGCACAAUAUGAUGACUAUGUGCCAAAAUUGUACGCUAAACUAAAAGGUUAA